AUGGCGAUCGACUUCCAAGACUAUCAUGUCAUCGCAGCUCUUCUCCGCUCCGACAAAGGACUUGCGAAGAUGCCUUUUCGAUCCCCUACGAGCCCGCAUAUCUUCACAUAUCCCAUCCACUUUUCGGCUCAAAUCGCAGCUCGUCGCGACGUUCCCGAGACGCUUACCAUCCCUAAAUUACUCCGCUCAUACGCUGAUGGUGUCAGCGGUAGGGCAUUUUCUCGAGACCACGUGGGGAAAACACCGCUCCAUCUAGCUGUGACUGGCCACUCAUGCGUUGUCUCCGGCUGGAUCCUGGAGGAGAACGUCGAACUAAUGCAGGUCGAGGACGUCUUGGGCCGAACACCCUUGUACUACUGCGCAUCUUCUGCUAACAUUAAUCUGCUUCUAGACAAAGGCGCAGAUUUGAACCACGUCGACAAGAAGGGAGCGACUGCUCUUCAUAGGUUUUGCUAUGCCGGAGCAUCCGAUCUCGUCACUUGUCUCCUCAGGCGGAAACCGAGGCUAGAUGUCAGAGAUGAUAUCUUUGGAACACCACUACACUGUGGGGUAAUUAGCGGCACUAUCGACGUGGUUAUGGCCCUGGUGGAAGCAGGUGCGCCACUCAACGCUACCGACAUGAAUGGAAAUACAGCCGUUCAUGUUGCAGCUAAGCUCAACCGACAUAACACUUUGCGUGUAUUGAUCCAACACGGAGCGGACAUCAGCUUACGAAACAUCUACGGGCGGGAUCAGAAGGCCAUCUCUCUCUGUGCUGCGAAAGGGUUCAGUAUCCUGAAUAUCUUACAUCAUGAGGGCAGAGACGCUCAUGAAAGCCAGUGGAUCCUCAAGAACGUCAAUGAAGAUGAGAAGACUUCUGGGCUCGGAAAAACGCCAACAGGCAAUGUGUCCCCAGACUUUCUCUGGGAAGGAGACUCCAUGUCCGUCGCGGAACCGGCCGACUCGACGAAUAUGUGGCAAAAUGCGGAUGAGGACGUCUACGUAUACGGAGAACAGAGGAAAACAUACGAUCAACAGAAAGAGAAGUUGGAGAAGCUUGAUCAAAUCACCAGUACUAUCACACGAUAUCUCCCGAGCAUAUACCAGGAUCGCGAGGCUAUCACAGUUCUGGUCACCCUGCUUUCCGUCUUCUUCGAUGACAUCAUAUGGCAACCGGGCAUUGCAAGCCGGAUAAUUGAAGUCAUCGCGAGGGCAGCUCAUGACUUUGCGUACAUCAUACACUAUUAUGUCGAGAAGGCGAGACGUAUGCGGCAGCGCGUCGAAGCAUGGGCUAAAUUUCUAACCACGCAUGACGGGAUCCGUCUGAAGGAAAACGCACAGUUGGACUGGUUUUGGUCCCAUAUGGAAGCCAACGAUCCUGUUGGAGCACUUGAGCAAGAGGGCAAGGAGCCAGAGUAUUGGCCAAACAACAAGAUAUGA